ACACACACACACACACACACAUCUGUACUGUGUUCACAGCUCAUGUUUACUGCACACAAAGUAAAUAUUCUUCCACUCAAACACAAGCUCAAAGUACAGAUUCACACACACACACACACACACACACACAUUCAUUUCUCACGCAGGAGGUCACCAUGAAGGCCGCCGCGUCCGAGAGAGGCUCCGGAAGCGAAUACACAGACGAGUUCGAGAAUCACGAGUCCAGUGACGACACCGAGUUCUGGAGGAAAGAGUCGUCUCUGCGCAUGGUGGGGUCGUCUGGGGGUCGCUGGCGGUGUCGUUUCUUCGUCUCUAUCGGUGUAACGGCUCUGAUUCUGCUGCUGCUGAUCAUCACUGUGUCUGUGAGCCCAUCUAUGAACCAUGUGAAAUUUGACAGGAAGUUCGCCACUACAGAGAUGAACGUUCAGAAUCUGACGCAAACGCUUGCGAGCGUCGUAACCAGAACACGUGACCUAGAGAACCACGGAAAUAAACUGCUUUUGGAGAUCAGCAGUCUGGAGUUUGAUCAAGUGACGAUGGAAAGCAUGCUUAAUAAUAUGUUGGAUUCAGUGCAGGAGCUCCGGGACAGAGUUUCAGAUCUGAAAUGCCAGAUUAACAAGUUAAAGAACAACAACACGCAGGAGCUGUGCUGUCCUGAAGGAUGGCUGCUCUUCUCCUCACACUGUUAUUUCUUCUCUAAUGAUGGGAUGCCGUGGGACGCAGCCAAAGAUGAGUGUAAGAAGAAGAGAUCCGAGUUACUCGUCUUAAAAAGCAAACCAGAGAAGACUUUCGUGGUCAGUAAGACCAGGCCUCUGUACUACUGGUUGGGUUUGAGUGACGCACGCACCGGUGAGUGGGAAUGGCUGGACAGGACGCCCUACACCAUCAUCAGGAGUGAAUGGAUGCCCGGUCAGCCGGAUGACUGGAAGCAUCAUGGUUUGGGAGGCGGAGAAGACUGCGCUCACUUUCAUCACGACGGACGCUAUAACGAUGACCACUGCUCUCGGCACUACCGCUACGUCUGCAAAGCUCACGCCUCCUCCAUCUAAACCACAUCAGCGGGAAUAUAAAAACUCACCAUCUUCUGUGUAUAAUCAACCAAACAAUUCACUUUAUUUUGUAGUCAUGGUUUAGAUAGAUCUCAGACGGAGCGAGGGUGAGGAUGUUCAUUUUUGUGUUGUUACAGUAAUGUUGUAAUGAUGUUACUGUAUAGUAAUGCUGCGCUGUGUUUAAAUCAGUUCUGAUGAUCUAGUACCAUUGCAAUGUGAAUGUAAAGUGAAUAUACAAAUGAUACAUCAAAACGCUUCACAGAUUACUGAGAAUUAAAAAAAGCUAAUCAUUGGCAAGUUUAUUAAUGAACAUUUAUUUGCUUCAAACAAGUAUGAAGCUGUAUGUAUAAAUCAUCUAUACUUUCCUUUUUAAUUAAUUAAGUUUAUGGGCAAUGUACAAUCUUAAUAAGAUAAAUAAGAGCAUAAAUUACACAAUUAAUUAAAAAUAAUAAAAUAUAUAAAUUAUAAUAAAAAAGAUUCUUAAUUAAAGCUACUGUUCAGAAGUGUGACGUCGGUGAGAUUGAAUGAAUACAUUUAUUCAUCGAGGAUCAUUAAAUUGAUCUUUAAAACUGACAGUAAGACGUUUAUAAUGUUACAAAAGAUUUCUGUUUCAAAUCAACGCUGUUUCAAUUUAUCUGUGAAUAUUAAAAAAAAAAUGUAUGCAUCACA